AAAUGUCUAACAUCAUUCGCAGACCGAUCCUUCGUGCAAUCAGUUAUUAUUCACAUAAGAUUUUUUCCAUAAAAAUAUGGCUUUCAAAUACUGCAUCCUGUUUGCUCUGGUGGCCGCUGCCAGUGCUGCUGUGCUUCCUGUAGCCGUCAAACACAUCGAGUACGCGGAUGCUCCAGCCCAAUACCAGUUCGAAUACUCUGUGCACGAUGACCAUACCGGAGAUAUUAAGAGCCAGCAGGAAGAACGUCACGGUGACAACGUUGUCGGACAGUACACGCUGAUUGAUGCCGAUGGAUACCGCCGAGUGGUUGAAUAUACCGCCGAUGAGCACAACGGAUUCAAUGCUGUCGUUCGUCGCGAACCUGUGAAGACCGCCAUCCCGGUCGCCAAGGUCAUUGCUCCAGUUGCUAAGGUGUAUGCCGCCCCGAUCGCCAAGGUCGCCGUCCCGGUGGCUAAGGUUGCGUACCCAACCUACCAUUACUAGGAUAUCGAAAUCUGUAUUAAUUCAUAACUAGUUGAAAAUUUGUAAAAAUAAACUGUGAAAAUUGUGUUAAAUAA